GCAACAGAGUAAAUGUGGGCCACCUCAAAAGAUAGUGCAUACAGAACAGAUUUGGAUGUUUAUAUAAACUGACCGCCAUCAAUGCAGUACGUUGUCGAAGCAUCAGAUCACAUUGGAUUCCCUUGGGUUUCGUCGACAACAAUAUGGGAUUUAGGGAUUCAUAUAUGCUCUGCAAAAACGGCGCGUUAUCCUUGCGUUGAUGGCAAAACUCAAGAUCGUCUACACUGGCUCUUUGAACCUCUGGCAUGCCUGGUUGACUUCGAUUUAUCUGCGGUUUAUGUAACAAUAUGAUUGUUAUGAAGAACUCAUCGUGUUUUGAUGACAGUAAUUCCCAUCGAUAUUGUUAAUGGCGUUGAAAGACGACGAUCAAUUCAGCUACUGUUGUAGGCCUGUGAUACUGUUUAUGGACGGGUCGGACUCGGUACAAUGCUAGCAGUAGCAAAAGCAAGCGUUUUUAUUGGAAUUGUAUUCAAUGUUUGUGUAGUGACGGCUACGACUGAAGUAACAGUUCGUCUCGCGGGAAGCACAACGCCAGAGAUGGGACGCCUGGAAGUUCGAAUCAACGGAACCUGGGGAACGGUCCACAGCAGUGGUUGGGGUGAAUCUGAAGCACAUGUAAUUUGUAGACAAUUAGGAUACAGUGCUCCUGUAACGUAUCCUUUAAUUGGAUACUUUGGACAAGGUACCUCAAUGCAGGUGCAUAUGACGCAUUUGAAAUGCACCGGGAGGGAGAUUACCAUUCUUGACUGUCAGUACUCGAGGCCCAUCGACGAUAACCAUGACGAAGACGUUGGCGUCAUUUGCCAACCAGAAAAUACCUCGGAUUAUCAUGUGAGGUUAACAGACGGUUCUGAAAAUUCUGGAAGGGUUGAAAUUUUUCUUCAUGGAACCUGGGGCAGUAUCUGUGAUAAAAAUUGGAUCCUUAAUGAUGCAACUGUUGUGUGUCGUAAUUUGGGCUUUGCUGCAGCUGUCGCUACUCAUCCUUCAGUUGACUUUGGGGAAUCGUCAGAGGUGCAUCUAAAUGACGUCACAUGUUUGGGAACGGAGAGCGGGUUGAGGUACUGUAGACAUGAAGUCUUCAACGCUACCACAGCAGCUACAUGCAGUGGCGGUCGUGCCGUUGGUGUGACUUGUCUUCCAAAGAAAGAUUUGCAGGUUAGGUUGGUUGGCAGUAACUCGCCAAAUGAGGGCAGAAUUGAAGUACUGCUUCAUGAUAAGUGGUCUCCAAUCAAAAACCAUAAUAAUACUGACUGGGAACUAAAAGAAGCUGAUGUUGUCUGCAGGUCCCUGGGCUUUGAGACAGCUUACGACGCUGUGACUGAUGGAAGGUUUGGUGACGGCCAAAGUAGGUCAUACAGCAUGAUAGACGUGAAAUGUGAGGGUCAUGAAACAAGUUUAGAAAGUUGUGUUUAUGAGAUAGCAACUUCAAAGUAUGACUCCAGCCAAGGAAAACCUGCAGUCGGUGUUGUUUGUGGAAGCAAAAAUGGCAACGAUGGAGACGUACGGCUGGUUGACGGGAAAAGUGCCAAUGAGGGUCGAUUAGAAAUAUAUUAUUAUGGCAAAUGGGGUUCUCUAUGUAUGGAUGGAUGGAAGUCAAACGCCGUCCAGGUGGCGUGUAAACAGAUGGGGUAUCCAAGCGCAAAUGCCACAAUUAAUCCAAUACCUGGAUCUGAUGGUCAACCGAUUCACCUUGAUGACGUCAUUUGUUCUGGGGACGAAGAAGGCUUAUCAGAAUGUCAGCACGAGGACUGGGGUAUACAUACUUGUAGUCAUAGUCAAGAUGUGGCAAUUAAAUGCAAUCGUUACAAAGAUUAUGAUGUCAGGUUGGUAGGCGGUCAAGUAGCAACUAUAGGUAGAGUCGAAGUCUUCAUUAACAACGUAUGGGGCGCAAUUUUCGACAAAAAUUGGAGUCUUAAUGAAUCAAGUGUGGUGUGCCGUUCGCUUGGCUACCAAUCUGAAUCUGUUAGUCUCUGUGGUACUGGCUAUAUUACAUCGCCUGCUCCAAAACGUUUUCACAAGAUGAUAGUAAAAUGCCUCGGCUCAGAGGCAAAUAUUCAAAAUUGUUCUACGAAAUUUCCUGGUCAACAACAUCAGUAUGAUACUUCCAUCUGCAUUCAAUGUGCCACGAACUACGAAGAUAAACAAAUACUAUUAAUGGGAGGAAAUACCGCUAAUGAGGGCGUUCCAAAAGUCUACAAUGCGGUCACACGACAAUGGGAUUUUAUCUGUAAUAACAACGUCACUUUUGAAAACAACAACGUAAUUUGCAGAAGCAUAGGAUUUGCUUACGCUAAGAGUAUAUCUGGUUCACUUAUCACUCAUUCAACGUUUUCAACCAAUCAAUAUGGCUGCUUUGUAAAAGGCAUUGCCUGUAACGGACUAGAAAUUGACGUGCGCGAUUGCCCGACGGUUUCCGAAAUAAUGCUGCAAACAAAUUAUAACGCAACUGCGUCAAUCCGCUGCAAAGAAUUUGAAGAACAUUCCAUUCGCCUUGUCGGCGGAGCGUCACCUCGGCAAGGCAGAUUAGAGAUUUACCAUGACGGCCAAUGGGGGACGGUUUGCAUUUCAUCCUGGACUACAAAGAUUGACGCAGGUGUUGCUUGCCGUUCACUGGGGUUAGGACCCCCUCCUCUUAACAGUAGUGUACCGCAAACUAAUCCUGGGACCGGACCGAUACAUUUAUCUGAUGUUUCGUGUAACGGUUCUGAGAAUUCUAUAGCUGAUUGUAACCAUGGUGAUUGGGGCAUCAAUAUGUGUACUCAUGAUUAUGACGUCAUGCUUAAAUGUUCAGAUCCAAUUCCCAGUUGGUGCGGUAAUGCAUUCUGUAAAGAAGAUGAAUUGUGUAAAUUGACUGCGUCCUCUGGGUUUUAUUGCCAAUCAACAUCCAAAAAAGAAGAUUCCAGAGGGCAGUACCUUGCAGUUGUCUUGCCAAUCCUUGUAUUUUUCGUUAUACUAGCUUGCUACAUAUCAGCGCGACUGUGUCAUACUUUGCCUGUACAGCCACAUAAAGACUGUCUAAAUUUAUUGAGAAGAUGUUGUGGAAAAAAGGCUUCCAAUUACCGAAUCGUCCUCACAGCAAGUGACGAAAUAAUUUUGGUUGAAAAUGCAUCGUGAUAACAGAUAAAUCAUUGGAGGCGCUGUUUUAAUUGAACACGAUCGAAAGUUGAAAUUACUUAUCACAGUAAUUAAGUUUUUACUGAUUUUGUUAUUGUUGCACGUCUUUACGGCUGUGCCUCUGUUAUAAAAGAGAAGCAAUAAAGUUACUUACUUACAGUACCUGUACUUAUUAUAUGAUGACGUCAUAAUCGCGCUUAGCUUUUUAAGAAAUAACAUCUGCCCGUGAGGCUAUUGGCCAAUCAACUUAAGAGCUUUUGUUAACAAGUGUAAUUUACUUUUGAAUUGCGCCCAAAAUUAAUUAAUAUGUCCAAUUAUGAGAAUGCUAUAUAUACUUUGUUGGAAGUUUUGAAAAGGGCUGACUACGAUUAAUACGCAAUAUCUAAUCCCGUUUUAAAGGGGUUUAAUAUAAUUAAGUUUAAUUAAGAUAUGAUUGAAAAAAGUAAAAUAUGUAUUUUAAUGGUUUCUAUAUAUAUGAAUUCAUAUCCCAAUGCAUAUUUUGAUGUUACUUAAAAAGUGUUCUACUGUAUAUACCUUAUUGUGUAUUUUUAUGUUGGUUGCAUCAUAAAAUUAUUAAGAAAGUAGAAAAUACAAUUUAAAUUUAUCUUAUCAAGUAUUCAAUCUCCUGGUGAGCCUAUUAUUGUCGUUGUUUUUGUUACUGCUAUUGCUGUCAUUGCUAUUAAUAUUGAUUAUUAAUAUAAUAUCAUUACUUUUAUAAUUUCCUAAUUAUUAUAAUUUUCUAAUUAUUAUAAUUUCCUAAUUAGUAGAAUGUUUAUAGCGCCACCAUCUGCAAGUAAACACCAUAAUUUUUUUAAAUAUUCAUAAGUUAUCGUGAUAUACUGUACCACGCUAAUCUGCAAUUCCAACACAAAAUAUUAUAUUUACUUAUAUACACUAAUUAUGCUGUAUAGACGUUGAAAGAUGUCGAGAAUGAUGUGCCAUACGCUUUCAAUGUUCAUCAUUUACCUGAGUUUCUCCAUGACACGUAAGAUAAUCGUUUUAUUGUAUUUAAUAAAAUGUUUGAUAAUUCGGUUCA